AUGCCGGCCGCCGUCACGCCUCAGCGCCAUGAGGUGCCCGGGGUCGUCGCUUUUGCUAGAUUGCUGGACGAGCUCCUAGCUCGCUCUAUGGGUGUGAAAUCUACACCGACUAUUGAACCCGCAUUGCAAAAGGCAGACUUUGGCGACCUGCAAGACCAGCUUGCUCGUGUGCUUGCGACUCCAGGGACCUCAGAGGAGAACGGGACUGGCAUUGCGAUACAGAACAAGGCCCAGCAGUUUGCCAUCAUCGAGACUGCCGUACGAGACAUGUUCAGCAAUUUGAUUGCCACCACGCCCAUCGAAUCCCCGGAUUUCGUCAAGGUCUGGAACCUGUUCGACCUCCUAACCGUGCUCUCCGAUGACGAAAAAUGCGAUCCGGCCCUGCUAUUCUGGCUAGUCGAAGAACUCCUGGACAGCCAGACGAUCGCCGGAUGCCGCAAGAUCUUUGACUUCCUUGAGUCGCGGCGCGAGAGGAUCACCGUCAAACAUUUUAAGCAAAAGCAAUUGGUGAUCCUUCGCAGCUGUAACGAACUCCUUCGACGUCUCUCUCGGGCUGAGGAUACUGCUUUCUGUGGUCGUGUCUUCAUCUUCAUGUUCCAGAGCUUUCCCUUAGGCGACAAAAGCUCCGUGAACUUGCGAGGAGAAUACCACACCGAGAACGUCACUGUUUUUGACGAUUUGAAUGCCAAGGCCGAGGAAAUCCCCGAGCAGAUGGACGUGGACAGCCAGACGGGGGUGAAAGGAACAGAAGUAAAACCUCAGCCAAAGGCUGUUUCGUUUGACGCGAAGAAGCCAGUACAAACUGAUCAGCCGCUCGAACCCGAUGCACUGUACCCCCUGUUCUGGUCCCUACAGGAGACUUUCAGCCAGCCCAAAAGGCUAUUCGAUCCAGCCCACUUGGUGGAGUUCAGACGCGGUUUAGAAGCAACGAUGACAUCUUUCCGAGCGAUUCAAACCGAGCAGGGUCAGCGACCACCUAAAGCGGUAGAUGAGGCCCAACGAGGUUUCAAACGGAAACGAGCAGAUGUGGAAGAGAGCGACUUGGCAAACUCAUACAACCCCAAAUAUCUCACUAGCAGAGAUCUGUUCGAACUAGAGAUGAGCGACAUCUCUUUCCGCAGACAUAUCCUGGUUCAGGCAUUGAUCAUAAUGGAUUUCCUUCUCUCGCUUUCCCCCAAAACAAAGGAGAAACUAGCCGGCAACGCCCAGAACAAGUCGGUGCUCUAUCUGGGCCAGGUCCUCAGCGAAGAAGACACGAAGUGGGCAACAGAGAUGAAGAAGACCAUUGUCGACAAAUACCUCAAGCAUGGCGUCGACGGUCCUUAUUUCAGUCGAAUGGUCGAAACGGUCCUUGCCAGGGAUAAAAACUGGAUCCGCUGGAAAUCGGAGAACUGCCCGUCAAUAGAGUUGCCAGCAGUGUCUCCAGAAAUAUUUGACGACGCCAAGAAGGCAGCCCAGCGUACGACGACGAAAAAACGACUGAGGUCCACGCCAAUGGGCUCUUUGUCCCUCGGAUUCUUGGAUGACGGCGAUGACGAGCGUGCGAUGAAGAAGCUCAAGGCUACGGAAAGAUACAGACUACCAGAGCUUGAGAGCUUCAAGCGAAAAAUUGCCGAUGACGACUUUGAGAUCGAUAUGCCGACAAAUAAUCAGACCAAAGCGGCUGCUAUUGAAAGCAAAGCAAGUAAGAGUUGGCGCGCUCUCCGGAUAGCAGGCAAAUCGAGGCUGGCUUUAUUCGACAAGAUUGACGACCCGGAGAAGAUUGACGCCGUGUUUGAGGAACCGGUCGAUGUAGACGAGAGUGAGGCUGCUGAGGAAACUGUAAACGCUGAAAACAUUCCCGCAGAUAAGCGGCCAAUCAUACUCUCAGGACCACCCGGUGCAGGGAAAACGACGCUUUUUCAACUCCUCGCGAGUCGGCGUCCUGGAGCUUUUACACAUGUGCCCCGGCACACUACGAGAAAGCCACAAGAAGGCGAGGUUGAGGGCAGAGACUUCCACUUCGUUGAGAAACAGGCAUUUAACGUGUUGAGGGACGGCGAUGCGUUAUUGGAGUUUACCACGAUAGAUGAUGUGGACUAUGGCACGAGUCGGAAGGCUGUGGAAGCAGUCAUCGAAGGGGGCAAGGUUCCAGUCGCCUACAUGGACAGCGAAGCUAUCCAGCAAACUCGCGACCUUAGCUACUCGGCACGGACAAUUCUCAUACUGCCACCAAGUAAAGAAGUUUUGGAAAAACGCUUGCAAAAGGCGGAGAAUGGCGAUUUAGCUGCGGACGCCCUCAGCAAAGCUGCUCCUUACUGGGAAGAAGAUUUGAAGCUAAGGGACGGUUUUGAUUUGGUUCUUACCAACGAGGAGCUCGAUGCUGCUUUCAAGAUGCUGGAGGACCACAUCUAUGGCAAAGCUGAAGAGGCGAAGCUCACCAAUGGCAAGGCAGAGGUCGAGGCGGCAGAUGAAGCGGAUACGGCCAUGGCCGAUGCACCGCCAGAGGCACCGCAGGAACCACAGGAAACUCAAGAAGUCAAGGAAGCCGAGGAGACUGAGAAAUCCGCAGAAGCCCAGGAGACAGACGACACAGUCGACGACGGGAGGGCUGACGAGGCAAAGGAGACGUCUUAG